CAGUGCUGCACACCGAAAGACCGGAAGCACAUGAUGGCGCGCUGCUGCUGGACCUUAUGUUGUUAUUAGUAUCUGUGACAUGAAGCUAGUAAACUGGAGCGACUUUCGUGUGUUUUUUGAAAUAUAGCGUUUGUGUAAAAUUUCGAAGAAUGGCAGCAACGGUGGCAACGCCGGUCACCCCGACGGAGCACGAUGCUGACCGGUGUGGGAGUGAGGAGGAGAACCGCGGGGCCGAGGCGGAGGAGAGCAGCCAGCAGCAGACAGGCCCCGCCGCCCCAGCGAGCCACAGCCGGCUCUCCAAACUCCCGCUGACCCGCAUCAAGGCUCUGAUGAAGACCGACCCAGACGUGUCCCUCGCCAGCCAGGAGUCUGUAUUCAUCAUCGCCAAAGCCACGGAGUUGUUUGUUGAAAUGAUUGCCAAAGAUGCUCUGGUGUACGCCCAGCAGGGGAAGAGGAAAACUCUGCAAAGAAAAGACUUGGACAAUGCAAUAGAGGCCAUAGAUGAGUUCGCAUUUCUUGAAGGCACGCUAGAUUAAAGGCUGAUGCAGGAGGACAAUCAGAACAUUGAAAAUCUCAAUAUCUGCAAGCAUCCAAGAAGCUUUCCAUUUGAGGGUUCUGGGACACUUUCUUGUACUUUUCUAAGGCAAAACUCUCACAUUGGAUGUUUAUAAAUGCUUUUAUACAAUGGAUACAUAGAAUUUUUCAUACGUAACGUUGAAGGCAUUUGUGUUGAUGUGUUCAUUUUUUGUAAAUAUUUGUGAAAUACUGUUGUACAAUGAAAUAAAUGUACGUUUUAAACAACCA